ACCUCUCUCUCUUCAACUGUAAGUAACAGACAUUUCAAAUUUCAGUCAUUUUUUCUUUUAUUUUCCAUUUUUAGUUAACUCUAUACAUCAUAUCUUGUAUUUUUAUACUAUAUAGUAUAUUCUUUAGGUUCAAUUCAUAGGCCAAUAGAGUUAUUAUAAGUUGUGUGUAUAUAUUUACUCAAGAUUAUAGCCUUAACACUCUGUGUAUAGAUUGAUAAAGGUUGCAGAAUUACUUGAAUUUUUCAAAUUUAUAUACCAAAAAUAUGAGUGCUGGUUGUUGUAUUGGUAUCUCAACCAUGAAACCCUCUUGUAGAAUCCUAAUUGGUUGCAAAAGCUCUUCAAUUUUUGGUUUUUCUCCCCCAAAGUUGAGUAAUUCGGGUGUCGGUAGCAAUUUGUCGAAAUCACAGUCGAAAUCAGCUCAUCAAUAUAGGUUUUAUUACUAUAGUGUCAAUAGUAGGUCAAGGGUUAUAGGUAACAGCAAAUUUGUUGUUCAUUCGAAUCGGAGAGCUUUUAAUAUCUCCAAUUCGAGUUGGAGUCAGUCUAAGGUUUUUACAUCUAGACAUCGUGUAGAUAUUGGUAGUAUAAGGGGUGUUUUAGUAAUCCCCAAGGUAUCAUCGGAUACUAGGAAUCAUUCAACAUCCUUCGAGUCUCGUAUUAAUGACAAGGGAUUUGAGAACAUUUACAUUCAAGGUGGCUUGAAUGUGAAGCCUUUAGUGACUGAAAAAAGUGAAACGGGAAAUAAUGUUGUUGAAAAAGAAGAAAAGUCUGAUAGUGUAGGUAUAAAUGGGACACAUGUGAACUUAGAUUAUUUCAAGGAUUUGAAUAAGACAGCUCCUGAGAUUGAGAGGGAGUUGUCUGAAAUUGAAAAGGAGGCGUGGAAGUUGCUAGAAGGCGCUGUUGUGAGUUACUAUGGCAAUCCAGUGGGAACUGUGGCUGCUAAUGAUCCUGCUGAUAAGCAACCACUGAAUUAUGAUCAAGUAUUUAUUCGUGAUUUUGUUCCAUCUGCACUUGCCUUUCUACUUAAGGGAGACACAGAUAUUGUGAAGAACUUUCUUCUAUACACAUUGCAGUUGCAGAGUUGGGAGAAGACAGUGGAUUGCUAUAGUCCUGGGCAAGGGCUAAUGCCAGCAAGUUUUAAAGUUAGAAAUGUGCCCCUUGAUGGAAGUGAUGGAGCAUUUGAAGAAGUUCUGGAUCCUGAUUUUGGUGAAUCAGCCAUUGGGCGUGUAGCCCCUGUUGACUCUGGGUUGUGGUGGAUAAUAUUGUUGAGAGCUUAUGGAAAGAUCACAGGAGACUACAGUUUACAAGAGAGAACCGAUGUUCAAACUGGCAUUAGGCUCAUUCUUAAUCUGUGUUUAUCAGACGGAUUUGAUAUGUUCCCUACUCUGUUAGUAACCGAUGGGUCCUGCAUGAUCGAUAGACGGAUGGGUAUUCAUGGACACCCUCUUGAAAUCCAAGCCUUGUUCUAUUCAUCACUGCGCUGUGCGCGUGAGAUGCUCAUUGUCAACGAUGGAACCAAGAACUUGGUAGCUGCUGUCAAUAGCCGACUCAGUGCGCUCUCGUUUCAUAUGAGAGAGUAUUAUUGGGUGGAUAUGAAAAAGAUUAAUGAGAUUUAUCGCUACAAGACGGAGGAAUACUCAACAGAUGCUGUCAACAAGUUUAAUAUAUAUCCAGAUCAGAUUCCUUCAUGGUUAGUGGAUUGGAUUCCUGAAGAAGGUGGCUAUCUCAUCGGCAAUCUACAACCUGCACAUAUGGAUUUUAGGUUUUUCACGCUUGGGAAUCUUUGGACAAUUAUUUCCUCUUUGGGAACCCAAAAACAGAAUGAGGGUAUCCUGAAUUUGAUUGAGGCAAAAUGGGAUGAUCUUGUGGCUAAUAUGCCACUUAAAAUUUCCUAUCCGGCUUUGGAAUCCGAGGAAUGGCGCAUAAUUACCGGAAGUGACCCGAAAAAUACCCCAUGGUCAUACCACAAUGGAGGAUCUUGGCCAACUCUUCUCUGGCAGUUCACAUUGGCUUGUUUAAAGAUGGGGAAACCUGAAUUAGCACAAAAAGCAGUUACUUUGGCGGAGAAGAGGUUAUCAACAGACCACUGGCCGGAAUAUUAUGACACAAAAAGUGGAAGGUUUAUAGGCAAACAAUCGCGGCUUCAUCAGACAUGGACAAUUGCUGGUUUCCUAACAUCAAAGAUGCUUUUGAAGAACCCAGAGAAGGCAUCACUGUUGUUUUGGGACGAGGAUUAUGAUCUCCUCGAGACUUGUGUCUGCGCACUUAGCAAAACCAACCGAAAGAAGUGUUCGCGAUCAGCUGCAAGAUCUCAGAAUCAUGCUUGAUUGAUUAAAUCUCUUCGGAGGUGACUACUUUCCAGAUUUAGGCAUAUUAUUGAAACUACUUCUAACUGCAGACUUUACUACAGGUACAUAUCUGUAGCAUUUCAUUGAUGUACAGUAAUAAAAUUCAGUUAGAUGGCUCAGUUUUUAGGGAGCCGCUAUAUUGUACGGAAACUUGUUGACUUGUUGAAUUUUAUAUUUCAAUGUUUCAUUUUAAUUCUCCGAAA